AUGGGGAGGGACCCAUUUGGAAUAAUGCUACGUCGAUCAAGAGUAUUUGCUUGCAUUGUUAUGUUUGGUGAGUACAGUUAUGUUUGGAUGCUGUCAGCUCCCAAGAUGUCACUGAAAUUCACCUGAGCCAACCUGAGAAGACUGACUGGCUAGUGACGGGCAAAAUAGAAAUUGUAAAAACAAAUACCGGUAGCUAAACACGGCAAAUCACUGAGGUGAAUUUUAGAUAAUAUUGACUGGCCACUGAAGGGUGAACUAUAAAUUAUGAACAAACAACCAAAUACAACAAAGCGCUGAGGUAAAUUUUAGAGAGACCUGCUUGGGCAAUAUGAGAGGCAAAAAGCAGCUUCGUAAUCCUCUGAAGAGAGGUUUCUCAGGUCUCUAAACUGCCACAAAACUUUAUCAUGGAGCAGAAGCAAAAAUAGGAGUUCCAGUUUGGGUUUGGGGAAAACUUCCAAAAUAUUUUGAAGGAAGUAAACCGUUUUGACAAGGUAUGGGAGAGAUUUUUGGGGAACGGGGGAGGAUGGGGCCUUUGAAUUCUUCGGAGGGGGGGAGUCCUUUUUAAAAACUUUUAAAGACAUUUCCCUAAUGCUCCUAGCUGUGUGGGCUGGGGGGGAAACUCACUGCAGUGAGGAGUGAAGAGAUCAGCCUUCCUUUCCUGUGCACACCUAAGUUUAUUUUAGGACAAACAAGAUAACCAGCUGCAUGCUACAUUCAAGAGAACAUCUAAUUUGGGCCUCAGUAUAGCCCUUUUCUUUAUGGAUUCACAUCUGGGUGUUGCCAUCAUAUAAUUAGAAGAAAAUUAGAGCAUGCAAAAGCAAAUGAUAGGAGGGCAUGUUAUUUAUAUUAUAUGCUAUUAAUUGUAAACCCUCCAACUUUUUUAUGGACAGAAAGAGGGAGACACCUCUAAUGUCCCAUUAUUCAUGCUAAGGAUGACUGACUGAGAACCACCUUCCACAUUUGUAUGGUACAUUGUCGAAAGCUCUUCUCCCACCAGUUCUGUGCUGUAUUAAUUUACUCUGCAGUAAAUUCCAGUCUCCCACCAAAUGUAAAGCCUUGGUCUGCUAUUAAAGGUACAGUGGUACCUCAGUUUUUGGACGUAACCCAUUCCGGAAGGCCGUUCAACUUCCGAAACGUUCGAAAACCAAAGCAGUUACUUCCAUAAGCAUUUACUUCCAGAAAACUCAAUACGGAAGCUGCGUGGCAUGUUCAACUUCUGAAAAGCGUUCGAAAACCGAAGCAGUUACUUGCGGGUUUUCGGUGUUCGAAAACCGAAAUGUUCCACUUCCAAGAUGUUCGAAAACUGAGGUACCACUGUACUCUAUAAAAGCACAAAAGUCAUUGGUUAUCAGUACUUCAAAAUACAUAUUAGGGAGAUGAUGGAAAAUUUGAUGUCGCUCAGGCGCAAAUGAGCAAGUCUGACAAGCAGCUUUGAACAAGCAGCUGCUUGCUGGACUCUGGCAUCUGCCUGCCAAGAAAGCAGCAAGUUCUCUACUGAGACACCGAGAUUAGUCUCAGACAAAUGGGGAAAGAGCGGUCAAUAAAAGAAUAGCAGAAUAAAUAAACUCCAACAGUGAGGUUGCCUUCUCCACCACACCCCGGACAGCAGUUUGUUAGUUUAGCAGGCACAGGAGUUGCCCCACUCUGCCUACUGGAAGGGCCAACUUUUCCAACUGUGGGGGUGAGGGGAAGGUGCACAACAUGUGCCUUCUCCAAGGCUUGUCUUCUAGCAUCACACGCCUAAGUGCUGUAUUGUCAGAGCCCCAGUUUAUGCCGAGCAGAGCAAAUAGCAGUUUUGGGAAUUUAUUUGUUUUUUGCUGCUGAAGCAAAAGAAGCAUUUGACCAAGGACAUUUGCUGGGCCAGAUUUCCAAAGGUGAGCUGCAUUUGAUUCGAAGAUGUGUGUGGUUUUUUCCCCUGAAGCCUUAUGUGUCUUUCAGGUUGGGUGAUGGCAGCUACUGCCAGUUCGGCGCUGAAGCUUCCAGUAAGUAUUUUCUUGGCUUGUGCAUACUUGUUGGGCUUUCCUCUUGCUAUGGAGGGGCUGUAGCUCUGUGGUAGGACACCUGUUUUGCAUGCAAAAGGUCCCAGGUUCAAUCCUGAUCCAGGUAUGGCUGGGAGAGACUCCUGCCUGAAACCCUGGAGAGCCUCUGCCAGUCAGUGUAGACUUCCUCCAAAGAAUUCUGGGAGCUGUCAUUUGUUAAGGGCACUGAGAGUUGGAAUAGGAGGUCCCUGUUUCCCCCUCCUGGAGCUACAAUUCCCAGAGUUCCCUGAGAAGGGUUGAUUGUUAAACUACUCUGGCAAUUGUAGCUCUGAGUAGGAAACAGGGGUGUCUCCUAUCAACUCUCAGCACCCUUAACAAACUACAGUUCCCAUAAUUAUUUGUGGGAAGCCAUGACUGUUUCAAAUGAUAUCAUAGAAUUGUAGAGUUGGAAGGGACCACAAGGGUUGUCUAGUCCAACCCAACCUCCUGCAAUGCAAGAAUCUUUUUGCCCAACAUGGGGCUUGAACCCACAACUCUGAGAUUAAGAGUCUCACGCUCAUGUGAAUGUAGCUUCAGAAUAAGGCGGCUUCCUGUGUUCUUAUGGAGUUCAUUGCAGCUCCAUGUAAAAUAAGCACCAAAAAAGCCAGGCUGUUAUUACUGUUCCAGCUCUGUGGCAACAGAUGGCCAAGGAAGACCAGGCAGAAUUACCAAUUGGAAAAAGAAAGAAAAAGGGCCACUCAUUUCAUACCACCCUCCCCAUCCAGCCAAGCACAAAGGCAUCAUUACAGCUGAUCAAAUUCCAGACAGACAAAACAUUCAAAAACGACUAGUGAGGGAUGGGGCUUGGGAGGAGUUCCAGGGACCAGCUGAAGAGGCCUGGGUGGCCACAUUGGAACCCGAGGCCCAAUGUCCCCCAGCCCUGCAAUAGUGCAAAAGAAAGACUGGUAUGGAUAAGGUAGGUGGGCUUCAAAGAGUCCAGGUGUUUGCCCAAAGAAGCUUAGAAUAUAGGUGAGACAGCCAGAACCCACAGAGAGAAGGCAGCAAGGCUGGAGGUCAAGGCAGAUCAAAGGUUGAGGACCACGGACAGCUCCAAAUGAACAACUCACGCCAACAGAAGCAAAGGUCUUUAAAUUAUUGGUGUUAAUUCUUCUUAUUGGUAAUUUUAUUGUUUUAUCUUUUCUGUAAAUCCUGUUGAGAUUUAUUUUUUUACAAUAUCAUGGUGUAUAAAUUUUAUGAAACAAACAAACCCUCUAGUCUGAAGACACACACACCUCUUUCAUCCUGCAGCGUGCACACCCUGGUGUUGCCAGACUGGUGGUUUGUGGUGGGAGGCACCUGCUUCUUCAGGGUCAGGGAAGAUUCUGUGACAGUCCAGGUUCUGAAUCUAUGGGCCCCAAUAGUAUGGGAGGUUCCAGCUCCUCAUCUGGUGCCCUGCAGCUUCUGGUUCAUUAUCCAUAGAAUCACAGAAUUGUAGAGCUAAUAGAAACCCUCAAUGUUCACCCAGCCCAACCCAGAAAUGCAGGAAUUACAGCUAAAGAAUCCCUGGCAGAUAGCCAUCCAACCUGUGUUUAAAAGCCUCUGAUGAAGGAGAGUCCACUUCUCUGAUGAAGAAGAGUCCAACUCUCACCAUUAGAAAGUUCUUUCCUAUGUUUAGUAGGAAUCUCCUUUCUUGUCUUUGGAGUCCAUUGGUUUGGCUCCUACCCUCUGGAGCAGCAGAAAACAAGCUUGCUCCCAAUCUUCCAUUAAUCUGGAACACUGAUGGAUUCAGGGAGUCAUGACUUCUUUGGGCACAUGUGAUUCCCCUCUGCCUCAGUCUGGGCCCAGUGUCAUUCAUUCUUCUUCUGCCACCAGGUUGCUGGCUUGCCAGGCAGCCAGUGUGACACAUUCUCUCCAGCAAUCCUGAACUCCCUGGGACAGAAGGCUCUCGGACUCUCAGUGCAGCAGAUUGAGAACUGCAUCCCUGGCAGCAUGCUAGCAUCUUCUCUGCCUUCCUUGAGCAAAGUUCAGGGCUGGGACCCUGAACAGGCUGGCGCCAUCCUGGAGAAACUGUUCAGUUCUGGAUACCAGGUGAUAAGAACAUUGUCCCCUUGCAUAUGAAAUACAUACAGCUGAGCAGGAACCUUGAGGAGACAUGGGAGUGAAAAGAAAGUCUCACCUGGUACAGGGAACUUUUGCCAGAAGUUGAAGUUUUCUUGCCAACAGGAGCUGCCCAUCGGCAAGUCUUGCCUUGGGGGAAGAGGUGUAGCUCAGUGAUAGAGUAUCUGCUUUGCAUGCAGAAGUUCCCAGGUUCAGCACCCCAAUGGAAUGACUGGGAGAGUUCCCAGUUUGCAACUCUGAAGAGUCACUGCCAGUCAGUGUGAACAAUGCUGAGCUAGAUGGACCAAUGGUCUGACUCAGCAGAAGGCAGUUUCCUAUGUGCACAUUGGCCGCUGUGUCUAGCUGGUCAGAAUGAUACUGGUAAGAAAUCGGUCCAAGGAGAAAUGGGUCAAAAGCUCAUAUAGAAAGAAGAAAAAUGUCCCGACUAAAGAAGAAUGGCAACAGGAGUUAUUAGAAUACUCAGAAAUGGUGAAACUUACUGGACGAAUAAGAAAUCAAGACCAUUUUUUUAAAAUAUAGCAUGGAAACUGUUUAUUGAAUAUUUACAAAACUCUUGUAAACAAAUUAAGACUUUAGCAGGAUUAAAGUAAAAACAUGCAGUGACAAAAAACAUAUAUUGACUAUCUGGGAUAAACAAUAAAUAGGGUUAACAUGGAACUGCAAUAAAAAACAGUAUACUGUAAAUGUAAGAAACCACAAAAAAGGGGGUGGGGAGUCAAAUUAUGAUGUGGAAUAAUUCAAAUUUAUGUUUUGUGUUUGUUGUAAAAUGAUAUAUAUAUAUAUAUAUAUAUAUUCAUUCAUGUAGAAGUCCCUUAAGAACAUGACUCAGUGUGGGCUUGCAGUGUCUCCUAGCUCCAAGCUACCAAUUCAGUAUUCUGGGUGAAGUUGACUAUUGGAUGACCAACCUGGUUCCUACAGCUAAGAGUUUCCUAUUUACAGAUUCAGGAUGGGCAGAGCCUUGCAGCACUUGGGAGUUUGGUGGUUGGGUUGAGCCACACCAGCCUGGAAUCCAUACCUGCCCUGGUGGUCUUGGACGCUGUUAAAGUCCCAAGCUUUGCCAAGCAGCUGGAGACUGUGCCACCCACUCUGAAAACAGCAUUAGUGGAAAAGGUGAGGCCUUUCUUUUUCCUGUUAACUUAUUGUAGCAUUUUGAUGCUAUUAUUUAUUAAAUGGUUUUAAAAAAUUCUUCUGUUCAGCUAAAACAAACCCCCAGAGCAGCUUGCGAUCUGAAAGACACAGCGCAAAAGGAAAAAGGGGGUGGGAGGGAGAAGGGGGAAAAUAAACUCAAGCACUAGUUCUUAGUUACAGGAUCCUUGACCUGUCAGAAUGGAAAGGUUUCAAGGAGAGGGGGAGCUCAAAAUUUCCAGCCUUUCAGGAGAACUGACAGAGAGGCUUAAUAAUAACAGCUUUCAUGUUUUUAAAAGCACUUCACGUACAUUAUAAUUAUUGUAAUCCUUUACAACAACAGCCGCCUCAAGGCACAUGCCACCUCAGGAAAAAUCUUACCACUGCCUGCAUUGCUGAGCAACACCUUCCGCCAUGCCCUUCUCAGCUAGUUGACUUUAACACCAGCAGGAUUAACCUUAAAUUAUCAAUUGAAUGAUCCCUGCUGUUGCAUUUUCAACCAAGACAACCCUGCUAAGUGGGAAAAUAGUGACUCGGUGAGCUUUGUAGACCAGUAGGUAUUUUAACCUGGAUCUUCCUAAGGCCACUUAGGGAUAGGGGGGAAUUUUGGUUCCGUUCUCAUUUUAAAGUGAUAUGAGGUUUUGUGAAGGCCCUGAUCUGACUUAUUGCAGUUUAUUGACACUGUGCUUUGACUCAGGGAAGGUGGAGAGCACCCCCAAACCACAUUCAUCCACCUGCACACCUCUAAUAUUUAUAUUCCAAUGGAUUGUGUUCACACUUUUGCCUACCACCCAGGAAUAUGCAGAUGAAGGGUCAUCAAUAAGUAUUUUAAAUAAACAAACAAAGCAGCCAUGAUGGACUAGAUGGGACUGUCAUCCAGUUCAGCAAAAGUCUGCCCCCAUGAAGUAUAACUUUGUUUUCUAGCUGGUUGCUGCUACAGCGGGAUUUAACGACCUGGUGAAAUACACCCCGGAUAGUCUGGUUCCCUAUUUACCAAAAUCACUGCUGGUCCCUGGUGACACAUUCAACAUUCAAGAUCUCAAUGACAAGCCAUGGACCCCAGAACAGGUGAGACAGGGAGAUGACUCACCCUUAUUUCCAACUCCUCCUGGACAUCAAGGAGGAAUCACGUGUCCUUGUUAUUAACAGAAAUUGUUUAUUUUCUUCUUGGUUUAUUCCCAUAGGCUGCCAUGUUGUUUCCUGAUAUAAUCAAGAGGGUCCCUGAAAUCCACAGGUAUUGCUGACCCCUAAUAUUCUUUUUCUUUUUUGGACUUUUUUCCUCUUUGUGGAAAAAAAUGCCACAUUUAUUCAUAACACUCUUUCAAAUGGGUGGCUUUAUUGGAGGGGAAUGGUCUGGAGAGGAGAGGAAAGGCCCACCCAUUAACCUAGAGGGCACCGUCACUUAGUUGUAACUCUUGCAACCCAGCUCAUUCUUUUUGGGAUGCUGAUGAGGACACUUCAGUGGCCAGUUUAUUUUCUUACAAAGCAACUUAUCUGACCAGGCCAGCAGCCUCCUCUCUUCAAUUUUAACUCUCACUGGGCAUGGGAUCCCAAGAAUUGAAAGUGACUCAGGGCAUCAUCCAGACCUGGGUAGGCAAACUAAGGUCCGCAGGCUGGAUCAGGCCCAAUUGCCUUCUGGUUCCGGCCCACGGAUGGUCCAGGAAUUGCCUCGUGGAUCGCCAGCGCGCACGUUCGUUCCUUCUCCCUCCCUCUCCCUCAUACGGUGGUGGCGGCGAUGCCUCCCUCCCUCCUCCUGGCUUCUCCCCGCCCUGCCUAGAGGAGGAAGGGGGCUGGGCUUUGUUGGUGCCAGCAGCAGCAGUGCUCGAGCGGCCACCAUUUUAAGCAUCCCCUCUUCGGAGCCCUUUCGUGCACCCCUCAUCGUCUCUCACCGCCUCCAGCCCCUGCCGCUCGUAAGACACAGGUAAGCAGCCAUCAGGGCUUGUGGUGCUCUUCCAUAAUUCUGCCCCCCCCAAAAAAAUAUAGUCUAGCCCCCCACAAGGUCUGAGGAACCAUGGAGCGGCCCCCUGCUGAAAAAGUUUGCUGACCCCAAUCCAGACUGACACCUCAAAUCCACAACACAAGAAUUAGUUGGCUCUGCCAGCCAUUAAUGCCCCUGAUUGAAUUAUGAGCCCUCCAUAUUAAGUGUUUCAAAGGCAGAAGAGGAGAAAGGUUAGGAGAUACCCCACCUCUCUUCUGCAUACACAUUCAACUGAGCCCCUCACCUUUUAAAAACCACUACUGAUGUUCUUCCCAACUAUCCAUUCAUUGCUAAUGGGCCUCCCUUGGAUUUUCAGCCUAUCCCCUUCCAUACUACAAGGCGUUACUUGUGCAGUCGCUGCUGAUAUGGAUGAUGAGAGAUUCCAACAGCUACUCAACGUUCUGGGGCAGAAGAAAGUUCAGCUGAGUGAAGAACAGGUCGGCUUCUUUGCAUGCAUCUUGAGCGCUUUUUUUGAGAUCAAUAUUUGAAAGUAUUUUCAAAGACCUGAAUUAGAUCUCCCGCCUCAGCUUUUAUCCUUGGUGUGUGUUCUUGGGGAUAAGAUAGUAACAGAAUUGGGGCCAGUCAUUCAGUUAGGUAGGGUAAGGAGACCACCUCAGGUAGCAGGUGAUGGGGAACUUGGUGUUGUUUGUGGGGUUUUGUUGGAGAGAUUAUUGCUGUUGUUGCUGUGGGUUUUUUGUAUCUUUAUUUUAGAUCUUGUGAUAUAUGUGGAAAUUGUAGAGUUUGGUUGCAUAUUUUUAAUGUUUUAUUUAUUUUGUUAUGCUCUAGUUAAGUAGCGUGUUUUUUUCAUGUUGUAAACCACCUUGAGCAUGGUUUGAACUGUAGAAAGACGCCAUACAAAUAAAAUUAUGUAUGUAUGUAUGUCCCCACAGUCUGCUCUAAUCUUCUCAGCCAGCCCAAUGCCCUCAGGUAUUGUGGCAUAUGCAAAGGAAAUCUUUUGGGGCUUAAAUUUAGCAAAACCAGCUGCAAAACCACCACAGAUGGGUGUGUUGUUGUUGUUUAUUUUAUUUUAUUUUAUUUUUAAGGGAAAAUCCCCUCGCCAUUUUCUGAAAUAAAUGACCUGCUUGUACUUCUUUCUACUUGCUGACAGAAUGUUCUGGUUUGUUUUUCAGCUGAGCUGCUUAGCCAAGAGGGUACUGCUCAGUGGACUCCCAGAGGAAUUAAACAACUACCCUAAAGACUUGUUUCUCUUUUUAAGGUAAAUGUAGAGUAGUGUUAUAAGAUGUGGUGGGGUUGGAUGAUGCCCAUGAGUUCCUUCCAAGCUUGUGAUUGUGUAUUUGUAAGGUUGGAAUCCACCAGAGAGAAUUACUGAACUGGCCGUAAUAGUCUCUUUGUUAAGACAUUGGCCCUAGACGGGCUUGUAAGCACCCUGCUUUUACAUGACUAAAGAGUGGUCAUGUUGCUAUGGUGAUGACUGGCUGGUGGUGCUCUUUCAGGAGGAAGCGGGUUCUUCCCCACGCCCUUGUCUGUCUUGUAGAUAAUAGAACAAGAAGCCAGGGAUGCUCUUUUGUUCAGUCUGGCUGAUACCGAGAGUUGGAAUGACACAGGGAGGGUUGUCUUGUGCUGUGCUGAAUCCAAAGCUAUGGUUAGGGGGGACCCUCUCCCCCAGCUGUAAACCCCUCCAUCCUAUGCUCAGGUUGUAUAUAUGUUCAAAUAAAACCACCAUCUUAAUAAAAGACACCACAGUCUCCAGUUAUCUUCAUUCUGAGGAAACCAGAAGUAAGCACUAGAACCUCUGAAAUAUUUUUGCCACUUGGAGAUUGGGGUGUGCACAGUGGUAUAUUAAACACAGAGUGGGGAGAGUCAAUCCAUAUGCACAAACAUUCAUUAAUCCUUUCUAGGCCUUCAGACCUUGCAGCAGGUGAAAACUGCAAGGAGUAUGUCACUCGCGUCGGAAAAGCCAAUAUUGAUGUCCUGGAGAAAGAUUCCCCACAACGGAAACAGCUUCUGUCAGAGGCGUUAGCUUGCCUGGUAAGUAAAGUAUAAUUCUGGCACCUUAGGUAGCUAUAAGAGCAAAAGCAUUUAUUCAAGCUUGCGUCUGUGCCAAAUAAGUGGCAAUCUUGACCAAGAAACUUUCAAUUUAACUCAAAAACAUCCUGAAAAAAAAUACUAUUCACAGCACAGACUUCAGUUUUAUCUCUUAUGCCCAUGACCUCAAUUUGAAAUACAAUCAGUUUGCCAAUAAUCACCUGAUAUCACAUGAUAGAAGCUGGGUUUUAUCUCUCUUCUCCAGACUGAAAAAAUACAAUUAGUAGAUGAGUCAACUACUGUUCUAGUUUAUUUACGUAUUUGUAAAGAGACAUUUUUUAUCAUUGAGGGCCAAUUUUAAUAGGUGAAGCAGAUUUUAGACUACUGAAGUCCUGGUGUGUUUUUCAUGGGAAAUUGAAAGGCAGCAAGUAUUGGUCUACUCAGUCUCAAGUUAUCUUCCAGUUUCUGAAAUAUCUUAUAAUAGUACCUAUACAGGAAUACAGAUAGAAACUAAUUUGAUGAAAUAUAUUUGAUUAUUUGGUUAAAAUAUAGGUUAUUGAUCAACUAAAUAAUUUUAAGAUGCUGAUAGCUUCUUUUUAAAAAAAAAUUAUGCAUUUUUUUUACAAAUGAUUUUCUGUAGGACAUCCAUGACCUACAGGUAACCAAGGAAGAUGCGGCAAUUCUGGGCCACUUAGUCUGUGAUCUUGGUGCAGACUACAUCGCAGCAUCCGGCAACAAUUUUCUGACGCAGUUAAAUCAGUGCCAGUCUUUCACACCUGAACAAAUCAAAGCAAUCCAAGCUCUCCUCAGCAGUGGAAGAACCUCCUUUGGGUAGGAUCACACUGCAGGUUUUGUUUUUUUGUUUCUGCUCUUUUGGAGUUUUCUUAAUUCUCCUGAAAAGAAAACAGUUGUCAGAAAUCUGUUUGGAUUGCCACUGAACCUAAUUCAUUUGCAUUUGCUAGUGCAAACAGCAUUUCAAAGCUAGAAUUGUGGGACUUUGACUGGAAAUGCUCAUCAUGAAAUGUUAUAUUUGCAGCAAAAGCUAGGUUCCCUAAGAGGAAGUCACGCCUAACAUAGAUACAGAGUCAGUUUAUAGACAAAUACCUAAAAAGCCGAGUUAGGCUAUUACCAAGUCACUUACUGGCAGAAGCUUUCCAGGUUUUCAGACAGGAGUCAUUCCUCACCCUUCCUGAAGAUGCCAGGGUUUGAACGCAGAUGCUCCACCACUAAGCUACAGCCCAUAAAUUUCACAGCUUCAAAAGCCAUGCUCUGUAGCUGAAAGGUGGGUUUUGCCUAAGAAACCUGAAUCUCACACAAACGAAAAGCAACGACCAAUUUACACAGUACAGUUUUCAUUUCACCAUGGAAUAAAUUUUUACACAUGCAGAAAUGGAUUUGGAGGGAGUAACUAUGAUCUUGAAAUGUCGCACAGGUUCCACAUCUGAAACCAAGGCUUUAAAUGACAAAUACUUGAUGUUGGAUCCUUUUGGUUUACUGCUUGCAAAAUGCAAGUGUGCAACAUUUGAAUUUUUAUUUUUUUUCCUUUUCAUCUUUAGCGGUAUUUCAGUAUUCCAUCAGGUUAUACUGCACCAGCAGGAGCAAGUGAGGGAGAGCAGCAGUGCUGUGAGGUUAGGGGAGCCUGUCUUGGUGGUGUCCUUCAGGUGUCCCCAUAAUACCAACCUAAAGCUUCCCUGAUCUCACUGCUGCCUCACCCAGCAAAUGCAGCACCGUGGCAGGAGGGCAGUGCCCCUGCUGCCUUGUCCUCCUUGUGCUCUGCAGCUGCUCAAUGCCUAAAGAAGGAGAAAUUAUAUUCUAAAUGUCACAGACAUUGCUUCUGAUUGGCACAUCCUUUAAACUCUCUCUCCAUGAAACUCAUGCCCCUACUUCAGAGUUCCAUUGUGUUGAUAUGUAGCUUGCUGAUAAGUUUCCAUUCCCUUUCUUUCCACUCAGGCUUCCUUCAACAUGGUCAACUUCUACCCUGGAAGAACUGAGUGGUUUGCUCCCUGUAUUUGAUCGCAGCAUCCUACAAAGUAUCCCUGCAGUAAGUCUCUCCCCCCCCCCCGCCGCCCUCACAUAAUCAAGGGGAAGCAGAAGGGUAUUUAAGUCUCUGUUGAAGUGCUGUGCUCUGGGUCAGGUUUGUUUGCCAGGAAAAAAGGAUGGGGAAAUUGUAAGUGGGAAUUAUUGUGGACCUCACUUAUCCUUGUCACAAAUGUCAUAAAUUGAACCUAAGCAGCCUAGCCUCUUCAAGUCUUUAUCUCCACAACUUCUUGUUCUACUCUAUUUUCAAAUUCAACUUAUAUACACUCUCUCUUCCAACCUUUAGUCAAAUGCAAGGAGAAUGGACACCUUGUUAAAUUUCUGUUUCCCCUUAAUUGUCAAGCUCCUAGUCAAAAAUGUUGUGCAAAACCUCCUGAGCAAAACACCCCCUUGUAAACUUUUGACCCUCCUGUGCAAAACUUCCAACUGCAAACCUUUAUCCUUCCUGUGCAGGAGACUGCUAAAGCAAAAACCAACUGAUAUAUAACAACCAACCAGAACACAAAAUGUUCAUUAAUUUCCACCUGCGUUCCAUUUUCCAUCACUAGUGCUGCCACUGAAGUUCUGUAAAUGAGAGCAGGCAAGGGAAAGGUCACAUCUCAUGAUUCUUCAUCAGUAACCAUCUUUCAUACGAUGGGUCUUGUGUUUGCUGUGACUUUAUACUGAACUGUUUGUAACUGCUUUGUGCAAUGAUGACUUUGUUAGCCAUCUUGAAAGGUAAGGUGGGAUAAACCUAACAUCAUCACCAUUUGCAUAUUAUUUGCUGCGAUAUUCUGUUCUGAAAAAUAACCAUCUUGGUCACGCUACCAAACCCCAGAUCCAGGAGAAGGAAAGGAAUCUAUGCAUUCAGUUUAACUAACUGAGAAUCGCAUAGAUUUUCUAGAUUUUACAUCCUUCACCACAUAGGUGUUUCUUUUUCCUUUUGCAGGGUGUAUUAAAACCAUGGCUGAAAGACUUCUUACACCAUACCCAUAUGCCAACAGAACAGCUGGCAUCUGUUGUGAAAAACCUCCACCCCUCCAGGCUGAAACGUAAUUCAGGUAUACAGCAACACUGCUUUUAAGCCUGGAGCUAUUCUCUGGUAGCAUUGGAGCCAAUUAACACAAGCAGCAGAUCCCAUGAUAAAGCUGUUACAUAGGAAACACAGAAAGUUGCAUUAUACUGAGACAGGCUAUUGGUCCAUCUAGUUCAGUAUUGUUUACACUAACUACCAGUGGCUCUCCAGGGUUUCAGGGAGGAACUAUUUGCACCCAUACCUGAAGACACCAGAAAUGGACCCUGAAUAUAUGUGAAACAGAUGCUGUUUAUAUUGCCAGACUUUAGAUUGCCACUUCAGUUUGCAGAGAGGGGAUUAGAGGGGGCAUUCCUGAAGUCUUCUCCAUAUGACCAGAAACUCCUGCUAGGGGCGAGGAAGAAAUUCAGUUUGCAUCUAAAGGCAAAUCUAUCUAUUUCACCCUUUCCAAAACAACACACAAAGUGAAACAUAGCCACCCUUCAAAAUUCAGACUAAAUUUUGCAGUGCAGCAAGCUGGUCCCAAGCUAUUAAGGGCUUGAUAUACUAACAGUAGCACCUUGAACUUUGCCUGGUAACAAAUCAGCAGCCAGCGCAAAUCUCUGAGCAGACAGGAUCUCACUCCCACCAGCAGCUGUGUUGUAGCAUACGGCACUAACUGCAGCUUCCAGCACAACUGCAGCACAAGGGAAGCCCCGCAUAGUUAAUUGCAUAGUUAAUACAGGUCACAGAAUUUCGCCUCUCUCCAAAUACGUAUUUAGCAGAGAGCACCCUACAGCACAUAGUCUGUACUCCCUAAUUCAGAGGCACUAUGCUUCUGAAUCACUUGAGGCUGAGGAGCAAGAGGGGUGGACCUAAACAGACAGAACUUCGAUAGGAUCCAGCAGGGCUCUUCUGAUGUUCUUGCAUCCGCACUGGCUUGUCAGUUGUGCAAGUUCUUCAACCCUGGUUAACUAUUGAGUCUUGCCUUCCCAGGAUGCCCAGCUGAUAAGACCAUAACACAGGAGGUGCUUGAUGAUGAGCUGAUGCCUCUUUAUUACGAUAACGAGGAAUUACGCCAGUGCUUGGAUGAUGCAACCCUGGAGGCCAAUCUCAACAAGAUCUCAAGUUAUGCUUUCACUGAGGAGCAGUUGAUGGUGCUUAAAGAAAAGCUGGACCGGGUAAUUGAUGUUUUGGCUUUCAUAGUUUGCUAAGAGGGGCAUGGAACCAGGGCUUGAGUUCAGCCAUUGCUCAUCUGAGACUGCAGGCAAAGGAGAGUGGUCCAAGCAGAUCAAUAGAUUGAGGCCUUGCAUUCUCUCUCUCUCUCUCUCUCUCUCUCUCUCUCUCUCUGUCUGUCUCGUUCACUCUACCCCCACUCAUUCAUUGAGGUGAAUGAGGCACUGCCCCACCAAUCUCAGUCUACCCUCAGCAAGCCCUCUCCCUGCCUGUCUCCUGACUAGGAGCGAAAGUGGCACCGAUUCCCUUUCCUUCCCCGUCUACCAGUUCCACCUGGUGCGCCAGCCGAGACCCUACCUGCCUGGCACUGUCUCGCCAGAGUGGUGCAUGCUCUGGUUAUCUCCCGCUUGGACUACUGCAAUGCACUCUACAUAGGGCUACCUUUGAAGGUGACUCGGAAGCUGCAAAUAAUCCAGAAUGCGGCCGCUAGACUGGUGACCGCGAGUGGCUGCCGGUACUAUAAUACAACAGUCCUAAAGGAUCUUCAUUGGCUCCCAAUGCAUUUCCGAACACAAUUAAAAUGUUGGUGCUGACCUUUAAAGCCCUAAAUGGCCUUGGCUCAGUAUACCUGAAGGAGUGUCUCCACCUCCAUUGCUCAGUCCAGACAAUGAGGUUCUCCUCCAAGGGUCUUCUGCUGGUUCCCUCACUGUGAAAAGCAACGUUACAGGGAACCAGGAAGAGGGCCUUCUCGGUAGUGGCACCUGCCCUGUGGAACGCCCUCCCAUCAGAUGGCAAGGAAAUAAACAACUAUCUGACUUUUAGAAGACAUCUGAAGGCAGCCCUGUUUAGGGAAGUUUUAAAUGUUUAUUGUUUUAUCAUGUUUUUACUAUUCUGCUGCGAGCCACCCAGAGUGGCUGGGGAAUCCUAGCCAGAUGGGUUGGCUAUAAGUUGUUGUUGUUGUUGUUGUUGUUAUUCCAGCCUGCCUUAGUCUCAUGCAGCCUUGUUUCUGUUGUGCUCCAGUUCGUCCUCUGUGAAAUGCCAUGUUGUUUGCCUUGCUGUCAUGAAAUUAUGUAACUAAUGUAAUAUACAUAGUUAACUGUGUAAGUUAGGUUGUCAAUAUGUUAUUUCACCCCAUUAAUUCAGUGCAAAGGAAAGAUAGUGCAACUUGCGGGGGGGGGGGCAUAAUCAGUUAUGUGUUGUUUGUAUAUUGAAAGCUGUAACACCAGCAAAUAUCGAUUGAAUUCACUUGAUUUUUGUUCUGCACACGGGUUGAAAAAGUGAACACCAGCCAUUUCCUCUCCCCUUUUCUUCGUCAUUCCCUAACAUUCCUGCUUCUUACCUCCAACCCAUCAAGGGGUGACUCUGCCUGUCAUGGCCUCUGGAGUUGCCUAUUGCUGAUCUCCUCUGCAUUCCUUCCCUCCAAUCCUGAAGGGCACCAGCUCUCUCGCUCUCUUGUUCUCUCUCUCUCUCUCUCACACACACACACACACAAACACAGAGAGAGAGAGAGACAAUAAGGCAAUUUGUCUCCUGAUGGAUGUGUGCUCUGAGAAAGGGCAAGAGGUGCUCCAGUAGCGUUCACAAACACUGAUUUUUAUUUUGCAAUUCCUACAGAUCUAUCCUGCUGGGUAUCCCGAUUCGGUUAUCCGUAGCAUGGGAAGCCUCCGCAGCCUAAUGACUCCUGAGGAUAUUAAGAAAUGGAAGUUCAGCUCACCAGACACCCUUGUUGCUUUGCUGGAGAACGCGCCCGAUGAUGAAGUGGUAACGUCAGCCUUAAAAGCACAGCCUCCCCAGAUUUACUUCUUCCCCUCGUUUUCCAAACUAGAAGUUUAUUUUGAUUUUCAUUCAUUAUUCCAUUUGUGAAUCGCUUCCCAGAAGCAAAAUGUGAGGAAAACAUUUUACAUGCAUAAAGAGGUGCAUUUGGUUGCAAAGUUUUAGAGGGACGGCGCUAAAAUACACAGAGGUUAUGAUGCCUCUGUUCUCCUCUGCUUUUUUAACAGGUGGUAAGGUUAAUGAGUGGGUGGCGCUGUGGUCUAAACCACUGAGCCUAGGGAUUGGAAGGUUGGCGGUUCGAAUCCCCGCACCGGGGUGAGCUCCCGUUACUCGGUCCCAGCUCCUGCCAACCUAGCAGUUUGAAAGCACGCCAAAAAGUACAAGUAAAUAAAUCGGUACCGCUCCGGUGGGAAGGUAAAUGGCAUUUCCUUGUGCUGCUCUGGUUUCGGUGUUGCGUUGCACCAGAAGCAGCUUAGUCAUGCUGGCCACAUGACCCGGAAAAACUGUCUGCUGACAAACGUCAGCUCCCUCGGCCAGUAAAGCGAGAUGAGUGCCACAACCCCAGAGUCGUUUGCAACUGGACUUAACUGUCAGAGAUCCUUUACCUUUUUAAAGUUAAUGAGUUGUUUCCCCUUCAGCCUACCCCAGUGCAUUUUGGUGCCUCAGACCAGAUUUCUGAAUAUUCAGAAUACAUAAAACGUUGCUAGAAUGAGCCACAAUGUGGAGACAGCACAGAGCAUUCAUAAGACUAGCUCAGCCGACCAAAAUCCACUGGAAAAGUCAUAGAAGUUGGCUCAUAACAUGUCGGACAACUGAGCCACCCUACUUCAAUAUUGCCUGAUUGGCAGUUGCUCUCCGAGGUUUCAGGCAGGGGCCAUUUCAGGCCAUACCUGGAGAUGCCAUUGAGGAUUAAAGCUGGGACCUUCUGCAUGCCAAGCAGCUGCUCUGCAACUUUGCUGUGGAACAUAGAUGCUGCCUUAUGUCCAUCUAGCUCACUAUUGCCUACACUGACUGGCAGCAGAUCUCCAGAGUUACAGACAAAUGACAUUCCCAGUCCUACCUGGGACCUUCUGCAUGCAAAGCAGGUGCUUUAGCACUGGGCUAUGGCUAUUUUAUCUGAAAGCCACCUGAGUCCCUGUCUGGGGGAAAGGCGGGAUAUAAAUAAAUAUAAUAAUAAUAAUAGCUCUUCCCAAAAAAAUAUACAUUUGCAGAAUGGCCCAUUGUUUUCAAAGGUUGCUCAGGUUUGUGCAGGUUUGUGCAUUGGGGGUGCAUGGCCAUUGUGGUGAGACCCCUGAGAACAUUUCCUUUUAGGACAAGGAUAGAAAUGGUAGAAAUAGUAAAAGGUCAAAAUAGUACACUUAGCUGAGUUUUGGCUAGUUCAUUAAGCAGUGUCUUAGCUUUGCUCAUGUAAGACAUACUUACAAGCCAAUCUGUUUUGGGUUGGAAAUUAUUUAUUUUAGGCCAGGGAGAUUAUUCAGCAAUAUGGCAAGUCCGGAGGCCAGUUUGAUGCCACAGCUCUGGAUGCUGUUGGGGGACGUUACAUGUGCUCCUUGACCCAAGGCCAGCUUAAAACGAUCACAGAGAAUGCUAUCAAGUGAGUAAACUCCUUUAACACUCUUCAUCUCUUAGCAAGAAAAGAGGUCCACUUUCCACUUAGCAAAUGGCUUUUCCGCAAAGAAUACCAGGAACUGUAGUGAGGAGAGUCGUUAAGAGACCCGUAGUCCUCUCACUGUGCUACAAUUCUCGAAGUUCCUUGGGAAGGUUAUACCACUCUGGGAAUUGUAGCUCUGGGAGGGGGAAUAUUGAUCCCCUAACAUCUCUCAGCACCCUUAACAAACUACAUCUCCCAGGAUUCUUUGGGUGAAGCCAUAACUGUUAAAGUGGUAUCACAGCAUUUUAAAUGUAUUGUCAAGUACGGGAGUUCCCCUCUCCCUUCUGGUAGUUCAACGAUAAGAAUUAAUUAGCAUUUGGUAGAUUUAUUGUCCUUUUAUUACAGCAUUAUGUUGCAAGCACAAACAGGCAACCCUCCUCAAGGAUAUCAGUUACCUACUCUGACUCCUCCCCAGUUCCGCAGCAAGAAGUACACCAACGAGAAUUUCCUCCCCCCCCCCAUCUCCUUUGUUUUCUGACAUGCUCAGACCUCCGAGUUCGGGGGGAGGGAGGGGGUCUCCCCCACUCUUGAUUGAUGUAUCGCCCAGCUGCUCCCUCCCUUCUGGUUGCUUAGCUACUAUCUCAUAGCUGGGUAGCUCCUCUCUCAACUGAGCAGCUUCUGAUAUCCCCCCUCCUCUUCUGUUAGGAGCUGAUCUCCCUGUAAUUGCAUUCCCCAGUCUUCCGAUCCAGACCAGCCCCUGACAUGUAUAGUGUGCAGGUGGGAUGGUAAUGGGAGAGGCAGAAUCCAGGGAUACAACUUGAUUAUUAAGAUCCUGGGCUUUGUGGUCUUCCAGCGUGGGCCUUUAGGUUAUGUGCAUUACUGCAGUUUUAUAGCACACAAUUUCUCUUCACAUAUUGUAUUUUAUUCUGUUACAAUUUGAAUCCCAUAGAAUUCCAAUCAUAAUACAAUAUGGGAAAUAAAAGAAGCAAUUAAAGUACAAUUCAAUAUGCAUAUUCAGUGUAAUGGAUGUGCAGUCUCCUGUCUUCACAAAUCCACAAACAUAAAGUGCAUUGGGGUGGCCUUGGGCCAAUCCCUGCCUCUCAGCCUAAACUACCUCACAGGGUUGUUGUGGGGAUUAAAUCAGACCCACCCUGGGGUCCUUGGAGAAAAAGGUGGGAUAUUAAUGAAAUAAUAUAUAAACAACAUACUGGUGACCCAUGGACCACAGUUUGGGGGGCCCUGGAGGUUUAUAAACAGAGGUUGGAUGGCUGUUUUUCAGAGAUUCUUUUGCUGUGAUUCCUGCAAUGGAGGGGUUGGACUAGAUGACCCUUGGCGUCCGUUCCAACCCUAGAAUUCUAUGGUUCUAUGACCUAGUGAGCUCAGCUCUUUGACCCCUUCAUUCCAGUGAAUAAUAAGCAAAGCUGAGAGAAAUGUGGAAGGGCUCGGAAACUCGCUCACCUCUUCUUUCCUCUCCCUCCUUGCCUUUCUUGACAGGAGUGCCAAGACCCUCAACAUUGGUGGGUGUCCUCAAACUACCAAGGAUAUCCUGUACCCAAAAGCCAAGAGGGCUUACUCUGACCGACACAACGAGUUCCCUGCUUACUAUAACCUCAUCAAGCCGUACCUGGGUAAGUCACAGCAUCAUUUUCGGAAACACCUUUGCAGUCUAGGAUGAGCAUUGCAGUUUGUUGAAAUGCAACUUGAAAGCAGCAGAUCAGCUCAUCCAUUAGGGCAAAUGGGGACACUGCCCCACUAACCUCAAUCUGCCCUCCCGCCCACCUUCUUACUUAGAGAUGAAAGAAUCUUUCAAUUUAAAACAAAUGCACAUAUUAGGGUAUGUGCAUAACAGCAUAGUGAAAAUAACAUACAAAGAUGCAUUAGAUUGGGGAAAUUUUCUUGCAAGUAUGCAUAUAGAAUGCAUAUAGUUGUCACAACUGCAUGCAACUCUUUAUUAGGAGAAAUUUGCACUAAAAUUUUAUGAGGGUGUUUUGUUUUGUUUUGUUUUGUUUUGUUUUGUUUUGUUUUUAAUAAAACCCACAAAUGGAUGCAGAAAUGUAGAGAAUUUAAGUUUGGAAAAAUGAGAAACCAAGAGAACCGAAAUUGGUAUAUUUGUCCAUCCCUAGCCUUGAACACCACCAUUAUGUCUGGUUUGGAUCAAAUUUUAUUUCCUCACCAUCCCUAUUUGCAGGACUGAGAAAAUUAAAACAAUGUUGUGGGUUUCAUGGGGGUUGGUCUGGAUGAUACCCUGAGCUCCUUCUAAUUCCUUGAGUGCUGUACUCAGUGAGGGUUAGAAUCUAAGAGCAGAGGCUGCUGGCCUGGUCAGACAAGUUUAUUUGUAAGACGGCGACCUUAGCUGGCCACUUAAGAGCAUCCCAAUAGAACGAGCUGGGUUGCAGGAGCUACAACUAAGUGAUAGCGCCCUACAGGCUAAUAGGUGGGCCUUUCCUCCAGCCCCCUCACCUAGCUGCUAGGCAGGAAAACAAGAGCCAGAGUAGCUGAACUGGGAACAUGCUAGAAGCUGGAGGCACAGAGACAUGCUUGCUCUGUGCUGGAUCCAAAGCUGGGACUACUGGAGAGUUUAAAGACACCGUGAAGAGUUGGGGACUUUCCACAUGUAAAGAGUUGCCUUUAUUAGGGAACUUUGCAACUGAGUUCUAAACAUAACUAAAAGAUCUCUUUCACUGACUCAAGAAAAGUUGGCAAUGUAUAACCAUCAAGUUUUCACCAAAUUUUCUUCUUACAGGAGGUGCUCCGGGUGAGGAUCUGAGGGCGCUCAGCAAAAAUAAUGUCAACAUGGACAUCAACACUUUCAAGGGCUUGCGAAAGGACGCUGUGAUGGUGAGUGGGAUAAUGCCGUAGGGCUGAAGAUGACAGGGCUGGCCUGCCCAUGAGGCAAGGUGAGGCAGUUGCCUCAGACAGCAGAUACGGCUCAUGGCCAUCUCCUCCACACCCUGCCUCCUCCUCCAUGCCCGCCACCACCUAGUACAAGUCAUUUUAUUACAGUCAAUGGCCAGUAUCAAGGCAAAUACACCAAUUACAAAAUUUAAAAACAAAAUCAGAUGAUGUAAAAUCACAUAUACAUAAAAAAAGGCAGUUCUAGGUCACCAUUUAUCAGUCAGAAAGGAAACCUUCUGACCUAGGAAUGUCCAUCGGUCGGUACAUUACACUAAUCCUGGGUGCUAAUUAUUAUAAGUCGUAUUUUUAUUGCUGCUGCACAAAACUUGGCCACCUUGAAUGUUAUAACAGGAUUAAUAGCUAGGAUGUUAGGACAAUAGCUAGGAUAAUAUCUCUGGCCUCCUUUCGCUCUUGCCUUCAGCACAGGGUGGUUGUGGCUUCAGGGGGGGAGGCAACAGUGAGGGAGGGCUGUGGAAGAAGAGGAGGGGGGCUGCGGAAGAUGAGGUAGAGGUGGGGGUGGUAUUUUCUGUUUCUCCUGAAGCAGCAAAACAUCCUGGGCUGGCUGUAGAAAGCAACCUUCAGAAAGAGCAUCGAAAUAAAAUGAAAUGAAAUUUAUCAGAGCACAAUUCAGUCUUUGACUUCUCUAUCAGUCCCUGGUGGAUUUCUAUAGAUCACACCCGAGCCUUCUCAUGUAACUGUACUGGGAGUGGUGUUGCUAACAAACUUCCACCUACAGCAACAAUCGGAACACUUUGGAAGUUCCUCUCAGUGAACGAAAGAGAGAGAAAGAGUGGGCCAUAUACACAUACACACAUAUACAUAUAUCCUUUGCCGCUUACAUUCGCAGUUGGAGCUUUUGAAUCCCAGCAGGGUAGACAUUGCCUAUAACCAUCUCCCUUUGACUCAUUUCACAGCAACUAAAACCCACCGAUGUCAAACACUUGCUGGGGAUUAAUGUAGCAGAGCUGAAGACUCAAGAGAACGAUCCCUUCGUAAGAGACUGGAUCGUGAAGCAGAAGCAGUCCGAGCUGAACAGCCUGGACCUUGGGCUCCGAGGGGGGAUCCCUGACGGAUACAUUGUUGUGCCUGACGAAGAAAAGAAACGUAAGAAACGGGGGGCAUUUGCUUUCAAGGGGGUUUAAAUUCCAAUGAUGUAGGAGGUAAAUGAUCCACAACUAUAAUAAAAGCUCUCCAGCUUGAGAAUCAGUAUAUAGGAAUUAUGAAAAUGUCUCCAGGUGUCUUUUUUGUGUAUACAGUGGUACUUCUGGAUACAAACUUAAUUCGUUCUGGAGGUCCAUUCUUAACCUGAAACUGUUCUUAACCUGAGGUACCACUUUAGCUAAUGGGGCCUCCCGCUGCCGCCGCACCACCACCAUGCGAUUUCCGUUCUCAUCCUGGGGCAAAGUUCUCAACCCAAGGUACUACUUCCGGGUUAGCGGAGUCUGUAACCCGAGGUGUUUGUAAUCCAAGGUACCACUGUACAGAUAUAUGUUCUACUUUAUUUAUUCAUCAUUUAUUUAUAUUUGAAAUCUGCCCUUCCUAUAAGGAGUUCAGACAGUGCACAUUCCCCGCCCUGCCCCCACUUUAAUUGCAUAACAACCCAGUAAGGUAGUGACUAGCCCAAAACCACCACAGAGUUAGAUGGGAUCCCAAAGGUUAUCUAAUUCAAACCACUGCAUAAGCAUCCCUGAUCAAUGGCCAUCCAGGUUCUGUUUAAAAACUUCUUACAAAGGAGAACUGGCCACUUCCCAAGAGAGUCACUUCCACUGUCAACCAACUAAAACUGCUGGGAAAUUCUUCCUUACGUUUAGCCAAAAAUACCCUCUCUGCCCCAUUAAUUUUUUUUGUACUUUAAACCCAUUGGUUUGAGUUCUACUCUGUGGAGCAACGAAAAGCUAUUUUGCUCCAUCAUCACUAUGACUGACAACUCUUCUGAAUGUUUGGAGAUGGCUGCCAUAUCGCGUCUUAAUCCCGUCUUCUCCAAGUGUACACACCAUGCACUUAAAUCUCAUUUAAAUCAGAUUGCCUCUCUCAAAAACGCAUGGGUACUGCUGUUUGUUCAGGGUGCUGGGAAUUGUAGCUCUGUGGGUGGGGGUACACUACAGUUCCCAGGAUUCUUUGGGUGGGAGCCAUGUAUGACUUGUCUCCCGGAAACAAGGGCUAUUAAUUAAUACUAGCCAUGAUGGUUGUAAGGGACGCAGGUGGUGCUGUGGGUAAAACCUCAGUGCCUAGGACUUGCCGAUCGUAUGGUCGGCGGUUCGAAUCCCCGCGGCGGGGUGAGCUCCCGUCGUUCGGUCCCAGCUCCUGCCCACCUAGCAGUUCAAAAGCACCCCUAAGUGCAAGUAGAUAAAUAGGUAGCGCUUUAUAGCGGGAAGGUAAACGGCGUUUCCGUGCACUGCGCUGGUGCUGGCUCGCCAGAGCAGCUUCGCCACGCUGGCCACGUGACCCGGAAGUGUCUUCGGACAGCGCUGGCUCCCGGCCUCUUAAGCGAGAUGAGCACGCAACCCCAGAGUUGGUCACGACUGGCCCGUACGGGCAGGGGUAUCUUUACCUUUAUGGUGGUUGUGCUCUACCACCAUGGUUCUGAACACCAGUUGCUGGAAGCCGCAGAAGGGGAGAGUUGCUGUUGCACUCAGAGGUCCUGUUUGUGGGCUACACAUUGAGGCAUCUGGUUGGCCCCAUGACAACAGGAUGCUGGACUAGACAGGGCAUUGGCCUGAUCCAGCAGGCUCUUCUUAGCUUCCUGUGCCUGUCCCCUUCUGCUUCAGAGUUCUCACUCUUUCUCCUGGAAGAUGAGGAAUCUGACUAUAGAGUCAUAACGAUGUUGUUUCUUGUUUCUCCAGAGACCUCCGGAGCGCCCCGUGCCGCCACCAUUGCCCAUCUCCUGCACCUCUUCCCUGCGUUCCUCCUGACUCUGUUGCUGGCUUCUUUCCUUUCAUGA